AUGCCUACAUUCAGUUCAAGAAACAAUUCAUCAAGAAACGAGGACACUGUCAAACAAAAUUUUGAAGUAGCGAAAUAUCUGCAACGAAUUAUGGAACUGGAAGAACAACUACAAGUAGCAAACAAAACAAUUGAUGAACUUAACUCAAAGUUAGGAGAAGUGACUAUUAAUAAUUCUCGACUAAGUGAUAACUUAAAUGAAAAAUCAAAAGAUCUAUAUACUAAGUGUGUAGAAAACGACGAGUUCAUGGUUUACUAUACGCGAUUUAGUAAUCAUUCGUUUCAAACAAUGUUUGAAGCAUCGCUACCAGUUAAGGAACACAAUAACUGCGCGUUAGAUUUACGUCGUCAAUUUUUCGUAAUGUUAUUGAAAAUUGCACUUAACUUCGGUUUUAGGGAUUUAGCGAUUCGCUUUAAUGUUUCACGCUACACAGUUUCCGAUUAUUUUCACAAAUGGAUAGGUAUUAUACAUGAUAGGUUCUUUUCUAAAGUAAUUUUUUGGCCUACAAAAGAGGCUCUCCUUAAAACAAUGCCCAUGUGUUUCAGGGGCGGCGAAUUUGAAAAUACUACUGCAAUCUGGGAUUGCUUUGAAAUUCAAACAGACACACCACAUACUCCAAGUGAUCAAGCUGGAUCAUUCUCUUACUACAAACAACGCCCAACCGACAAAAUCUUAAUAUCAAUAACACCGCAAGGUACUGUUAACUUUGUUUCAAAUGGGUUCUGUGGGAGGGUUAGUGAUAAGCAUGUAGUUAUCGAAAGCAAUAUUUUAGAUAAGUUACAACACGGAGAAUUGAUUCUUGCAGAUAGAGGUUUUCCACUUGAAGACGUCGUUGCCACUAGAGAUGCGAAAUUUAAAGUUCCUCCUUUUAUGAAAGAUAAAAAACAAUUAAGUGAACAAGAAACUGAAGAGACAAGACGUAUUGCUAAUGUUAGAAUUCACGUUGAAAGAGUAAUUGGCGCCAUUCGGACACGUUUCAAAAUCUUAAAGGGUCCCAUAAAUAUUAAUUUUUUGAAAAAUGUAGAGGUUGAUAAGUCUUUUGUGGAUAAAAUAGUAAAAGUCUGUUGUAUUUUCUCCAAUCUUCUACCAAGUGUCGUUCCACUCGAUUGAUGUUGAAAAUAAAAUUGGAUGCAAAAAUAA